UUUCCCUUUUCUUUGCAGUUGAGAUCUUAAACCAAGAUGCAGACUCAGACACACACCACCGCAGAUCGACAUGGCUACAGCCUGCGCUUUUCGCCCUUCGAGGCUAACUACUUGCUGCUAGCUACAAGCCAACUGUACGGUCUUGCUGGAGGUGGUUCCCUCUUUCUGCUGGAACAGAACUCCAACGCCAACUCAUCCUCAGCCACAGAUGGCCAGAGUCUCGGAGAGCUGUGCCGCCUAGAGUGGUCCGAUGGAUUGUUCGACGUCGCCUGGUGUCCGUAUGCCGCCGAUAUCGCCGCCACUGCCUCCGGUGAUGGAUCACUCCAGAUCUGGUGCGGAUUGGACGGCGAAUCGGCGAGCAACCAGCAGACGCCGAAGCAACCGCUGAUCUGCCUGCAGGAGCACAAGAACGAGGUGUACAGCCUGGACUGGGGCGAGAAGUGGAACUAUCACACACUGCUCUCGGCCAGCUGGGAUUGCACACUGAAAUUGUGGGACUGCAACAGACAGAACUCCAUCACCACCUUUGUGGGCCACAACGAUCUGAUCUAUGGGGCCAAGUUCUCGCCCCUGAUCGCCAAUCUGUUUGCUAGCGUAAGUACCGAUGGACACCUUAACUUAUGGAACUCUCUUGACUUUGCAGGUAAACCCCUGAUGAGCAUCGAGGCGCAUGCGAGUGAGGCACUCUCCUGCGACUGGUCGCACUUCGAUCGCAAUGUCCUGGUCACCGGAGGAUCGGAUGGCCUGAUUCGUGGCUGGGAUCUGCGCAAGAUGAGGACCCACGUCUUUGAGCUGUACUCCGGAGAGUUUGCUGUCCGGCGAUUGGCCUGCUCACCGCACUCGGCGGCGGUUUUGGCAUCGGCCAAUUAUGAUUUUACCACAAGGAUCUGGAAUCUGGAGCGUGGCGAGUCCGCCCAGGAGAUCAAUGCUCGGCACACGGAGUUCGUGUGCGGGUUGGACUGGAAUCCACACAGGACCCACCAGUUGGCCGACUGUGGCUGGGACUCCUUGGCCAGCGUGUAUACCCCGCAGUGUCUGAGCGGCGAACUGAUCGUCUAGGUUUUGUACAGGGCAUGCCCACAACUGGAAA